AUGUACAGGUUAAACUUUCAGUUCAAAUGUCUCCAGGUCAUCUUUCCAGAGUACCUCCAGGAGAAGUUUGUCCAGUCAGCUCUGAGCUACAUCAUGUGUAACGGGGAGGGGGAGUACGUCUGCCGGAACAGCCAGUGUAUCUGCAUGUGUUCUGACGAGUACCCACAAUGCAACUGUCCCAUCACCGACAUCCAGAUCAUGGAGAACACCCUGCUGGGACAGGCGGAGUCAUGGGCAACCUCCUACAAGGACUUUGAGAACUCAGACGAGUUUAAGUCAUUCCUGAAGAGGCUGCCCUCCACCCACUUCCUGCCGGUCAGCAGUGUCCACCUCCUCUGGGGCAGUGACUGGGACCUGCAGGCCCGCUACCGCCUGCUCCAGAGCUCCCUGGAGACCCAGAGGCUCAAGAUCCAGCGCACUGCCCGCAAGCUCUUUGGCCUCAGCAUCCGCUGCCACCACAACCCCAACCACCAGAUGCCUAGGGAGAGGUCUGUGAUGCAGUGGCUAAACAGGGUCCAGUCCUUCCUCUACUGCAAUGAGAAUGGUUUCUGGGGGACCUUCCUGGAGAGCCAGAGGACGUGCGUGUGCCACACGGGUGUCACCCUAUGCCAGAGACCCAUCCCAUGUAUCAUCGGGGGCAACAACAGCUGUGCCAUGUGCAGCCUGGCCAACAUCUCGCAGUGCGGCUCCUGCAAUAAGGGCUACAAGCUGUACAGAGGUCGCUGUGAGCCCCAGAACGUGGACUCUGAGCGCAGCGAGCAGUUCAUCAGCUUCGAGACCGACCUGGACUUCCAGGACCUGGAGCUCAAGUACUUGCUCCAGAAGAUGGACUCGCGUCUCUACAUCCACACCACCUUCAUAAGCAACGAGAUCCGCCUGGAGACAUUCUUCGACCCACGGUGGCGCAAGCGCAUGUCCCUGACCCUGAAGAGCAACAAGAACCGGAUGGACUACCUCCACAUGAUCAACGGACUGUCCAUGAAGAUCUGCCAGAUGCGCAACAGCAGCAUUGACCCCAUGUUCUUUGUUUACGUUAACCCGUUCAGCGGCAGCCACUCGGAGGGUUGGAGCAUGCCCUUUGGCGAGCACGGCUACCCGCGCUGGGAGAAAACAAGGCUGGGGAACUCCCAGUGCUUCAACUGGACCCUGCUGCUAGGCAACCGUUGGAAGACGUUCUUUGAGACAGUACACAUCUACCUACGAAGCCGAGCCAAGGUGCCCACCGGGCUGCGCAACGAUACGGGCCACGGUCCCGUCGACUUGUCCGAUCCUAACAAGCGCCAGAUCUACAUCAAGAUCUCUGACAUCCAGGUGUUUGGCUACAGCUUGCGCUUCAACGCUGACCUGCUCCGUAGCGCCGUGCAGCAGGUGAACCAGUCGUACACACAGGGGACUCAGUUUUACUCCUCCUCCUCUGUCAUGCUCUUGCUACUGGACAUUAGGGAGCGGAUUAACCGCCUGGCCCCUCCAGUGGCGCCCGGGAAACCCCAGCUGGACCUGUUUUCAUGUAUGCUGAAGCACAGGCUCAAGCUGAACAACAGCGAGAUGAUCCGGGUCAACCAUGCCUUGGACAUGUACAACACAGAGAUACUGAAACAAUCAGAUCACCUGACUACCAAACUCUGCUGAGAUACAGUAAACAAACAAACAAAAAGAAGAUCAAACAGAUACUAAAAAUAUAACUGUUUGGGAAUAUUCCUUUUUAUUUACUUAUCUCUUUUUUUCUUUUUGGACCUUUUUGUUCUGCCUUUUGAUGUAAUAUUAACAACUUUGUAAGUGUAAUUGUUAAAGAGAAAUCCAAAACAUUGAUGAAGCCUUUUAGUUGGAUAAAGAAGAAGAUUCAUAGAAACCACUUAAAAGACUGUACCAUAUUUGUCCCAGCAUGUCUCUCAUUUCCUAAAAUAGCAUAAAAAGAGAAUAAGAAAAAAAUGUAUCCAUCUUCUGGUGACAAAGAGGCCUUUAUUUUACUCUAAGGGAACAAAGGUUAUAUCUGAAACUGCCAUUCUUUACUAAGUUCAACCUUUUUAGUCACAUUAGGGCAGACCAGAUAUCAUCCUUUUAUUUCAGUGAAUAUGCUUUAUCAACAAACAAAAUAUUACAAAUAUGUAACAGGACAGUUUAAUACAGUAUGAAGGCAUUUAUACAUUUUAAGGGUUAAAUAACCUAGCAAACUGUAAGCUGUAAGCGUUAGCUAUAUAUUCUCUUUGAAAAAUUGAUAAUCCAUGACAAGUCUGCAUACCGUUCUUUGUGUAGUAAGGUAUAAGGCAGCGGAUAGUCAUUUCAUGUCAAAUAACGGAAGCCAGCUGUUUAUAUACUGUAUGUGUAUACCUUUAUUUCGCCUGAUGCUUAUUGAUGUUCGUUAAUUGAUUGUGUCAUUUGAGAGCGAGUGAAUCCAGACAAAGCUAAAAACUUGUCUUUAGGCACUUACCUCCCAUGUUUGAAAUUCUACCUGCAUUUCCCAUGAGGUGGUUUCUUCUGGUGCCUGAGUAUAUAUUGUGGUCUGAAGAUGAACAAUCAAUGCUACUUCGUACAGCUUUGCAAAAUGUACACCUUGUGACUGCUGAUGUGUCAAGCUUUACGGCACAUGGAUCAUUCACGUACAUCUGCAACAGACACCAUAAAAGCCAUACAUUUCCCUGAGUACACAUAAGACAUGGAAAAGCACCCCAUACAUUUCCCUGAGUACACAUAAGACAUGGAAAAGCACCCCACACAUUUCCCUGAGUACACAUAAGACAUGGAAAAGCACCCCAUACAUUUUUCAAAAACAUGAAAAAUGUCCCAUUUGUGUUUUUUAUGUAGUUGUUAUUCCCCCCCCUCCCCCCCCAAUUAAUUUAAAAUGGAGGACAGCACAGUGGACAAAGAGAGUAUAUUCUGUGGAAUUAUGGGAUGACAUUGUAAGGUCAUUGGAUUUCUGUUAAAGAGAGUGAACCCAGAUGAGAAACAGAUGAGAAAUAUAAAAGCUUCAAAUACUUCUGUUGAUUUUAAUCUUUAUUUUCUUAAUGCCACGUUGGAUCUUAACUGUCUAUAAUGACCAUGCAAAACAGAUUUUAACCCUCAGAAACAAGGUUGUUUAAUAUUUCUAGUCAUACUUUAUUGAAAGCACCGGCAUGAAAUAUGUUUAUAGCUAUAUAUAGCUACAGAAUUUAACAUAAUGUCAAACGUCAUACUAUCUCAGAAGUAUCAAAGAACACUACCUAUAUUAUUAUUAAGUGCCUGUUACCUAUCCCUUUCAAAUACUUAGAGGAGGGAAAUUGCUCUUAGUUUAGUUACAGUACAAACAUUAAAAUACAAGAUAGACAUUCAAAGGAAUUUAGCAACUCAGACCACAUCAAUGCAGAUCUGUUGCUCAUCUCAUCCUGAGAUACAUGUUUUCUACCUAAAGGCCGGCUGGUUUGUGCAUGUGGGAAAAUUAACCAUCAGUAAGAGAUUGAAGUCUCAAUUUCCUGACACUGUCUCUCCUAUGUACAUUAUACCUGUAAAUAGAAACGUUGUGUUGUAAUAGUUAUAACAUCAAAGACAACAUGAAUUAUAGUAAUUUCAAGAGAACAAAAGAGGCCAUUAUUACUGAGAAUAACCACAAUUACUGUUGGUGUACCUUGCACAAAUUACAAUUACACUCCAUUCUCAAGUUAUUUACUUCAUUAUGAAUCUCAGAGAGGGAUGGUAAUUUCUGACUGUUUUGAUCAAAGUAUAUGAAAUAUACAAUAUGAAAUGAGUUAGUUUUGACCACUGCAUACAUGAAACAAGCACACAUUAGCUCUAUCAGCAUAACAUCACUGCAAUGUUCCAUGGAUACAUUUGAAGAUACAGCUCCUAAUACCUUGCAUAUGUAAUUUUUGCUGUUAUGUUGAAAUCAUUAUAUCAGCUUAUUACAAAUGAAUGUUUCAUAUAAUAAUCUAUUUCUCAUUAAAAGGCUAUAUUU